AGGACAAAGCAGAGAAAGAAGCGAAGAAAGCUAAAGACAAAGGUAAAGGAUUUUUCUCCGGUAUAUUUAAGGGAGUCAAACAUGCCGCGGACGAAGUGGCUGAAGAUGUUAAAGAAUUCGUUGACGAGACAAAGAAGGAAGCUGAAGAAGAAGAAGAGAAGGCGAAACAUGCUGUUAAUGAACUUGUAAAGGACAGCAGUGACAAAGCUGCUGGGAAGAUUGCUGCAGGAAAAGAAGCUGUGUCCGAAGCUUUUAAAGUUACUGGUGAAGCAAUAUUGGAUACAACGGAUAAAUCAUCACAUGCUGUAUCGGAUAUUACUCAAAAUUUCGAAGCUGAUGUCGAAAAAGUUACAGCUGAGAAAGAUAAAACCAGUGGUAUGUUUUUCGGAAUUCUAAAAGGUAACAAGCAUGGUUCAAACGAUAAACAUAGCGACGUUAACGACUUCUUGAGAGACGCCCAACAGGAAGCUACGGAAGAGAAAUCCCGUGCUUAUAAAGUCGCUGUAGAACUUGCUAAUAGCGUUAAAGGUGACAUUCACAGUAGGCGAGAUGUAUCAUUAAAAGCAACUAAAGAUGCAGUUAUUUCUGAUCCUUCCGUAAAAAUUAUCGAAGAAAAAACCGUAAUUGGUACUGAAAAGAAUAUAACGGCAGUUGCGAAAACAGCUCAUGAAAUCGUCGACGAUGUACAAAUUAAAGCAGAAACUUUAAAUAAAAAAAUUAAAGAUAAUACUCAGGGCGUUAGCGAUAACCUUAUAGGAACGAUGGAAACAGCAAUCACAUCUGCUGAAGUAACUAACAAUAAAGCUGAAAAAGAUGCUAAGAAAGUUAAAGACAAAAAUGGUGGUAUGUUCUUUGGUAUUUUAAAAAGUCCGAAGCAUACAACUGACUCGGAAAAAAAAUUACGAUCACAUCGAGGACAACAAAACCAAGGGAUUAAAGAUUUUGCUGGCAAAGCCACAGAAGAGAUAGAUCAUAACACAAUGGAAGAAAUUGAAAUUAUAAAGAAAUCAACUAUCGAACCGUCAGACGAAGAUACCGAUGAUGUUGGAAAAGACGCUAAAAAAUCUAAAGAUAAAAGUGUGGGUUUUUUUUCGGGAAUAAUUAAAGGUGCGAAACAUGUGGUGGACGAAGUAACAGGAGAAGUUAAAGAAUUCUGGGAUGAGACAAAAGAAGAAGAAGAAAAAGCAGAAUAUGCUCGACGCGAAGCUAAAGAGUCAGAAAAGCCCGCUAAAUUAAUGAGUGCUAAAUCUGGAGAUGAUCUUGACGAUGAAGAAAAUAUGAGGCAUCAAAUGUAUUUAAACCUGGAGCAAACCCUACAUGAUAACGCAGAUACUUCACUUUACCAUCCAAAAUCUCCAACAAAAGUGACAUUGCUUUUAGAUAAGAGUGGUUCUGAUAGUGAGUCUGUAUCUGAAUUGGAUUCAGCUCACAGUACUAUUGACCAUGGAACAUCUCCGAAGAAAUCUUCAAGCAAAGGAAAAUCAAAGGGGGUUAUUUCAAAUAUUGUAAAAAGUGCAAAGAAUGUAUCACACAAAAUAACUAAAGAAGUUGAUCACGUUACUGAUAAUAUUAAAGACGCAACAGAAAAGUUCUGGGAGGACACUAAAAUUGAUUCAAAAGAUUCGCAUUUAUCUGGCAGUUACGACGUUUCUUCCCCGCUCCGCGAGACCGAUUCUAAAUCAGUUAAAGCGACAGAUUUAGAAGAUAAGUUAGAGUCGUUUAGUUCAUUAGAAUUAGCUAGAGAAACAAUUCCAAAGGAUCAUUCAGAUAUGAGAAUAAAGUCUGUCUCGUGCAUUCCAAAAAAAACUACCAGUACAACAAGAGAAGUAGUUAAAGAAGUUAGGGUAGUUAGAAUUGAGGAAAAAACAUCGUCCACAGAAAGACUUGAUGUAUAUGAUGAAGACUUAGUUAUAUUAGGGCACCUCGAGCCUCGCGCAGUGCAAUCCGUCACCACAGUCGUAACAAAGUCUGUGCGGACGGCAGUGGCGACCCCGCCACCCAGCCCCGACGAGCUCGGUGACAGUAGCAUUAAAGAUAUAACUGAGGAAGCUGCCAAACGUGCCCAACUUCUUGCAGAUCAGGCCUUAGCAGCAGGAAAACCAGGGCAUGAUUCGGCUGAGAUUGAUGGGACUGUAGAGAGGCAUGUUACUACUUCUGCUCCAACAAAGCAACCUGUUCCCGCCCCACGUCACUCUGCUAAGUUAUCUAUCAGCAAAUCAGAGUUAACUCUUGAACUCGACGAGCAUCAUCAGAAACCCAAGAGCCCAAAAUCAAAAAUACCAGAGCUAAGUAAAAUAUCUGCAAAUAUUUGCGAAGAUCAGUUACCUGUUAAGCAACUUCGAGUAUCCACAUCUGAUUCUACAGAGGCAAAUCAAAUAAGUAUGAUUCCAGUUCCCGUGGAUAAACAAAAAUCAUUGGAAAUAGUUGAAGAUAAAGUUGUGGCAACUAUCCAAAAUUCUAUAAUAGAGAAUCCGUCCAUUGCCUCUUACUCUUUUCCUGAAGAUAUUGUUUACACUAAAACAGUAACAACAGUUGUUAGUUCUGAAGUGGAUCAAAAUAGCAUCAAGAAAAUAUUAAGUACCAAUGAAUUAUCUCAAGUGCUGGAGGACGUUUCACAGGAUUUCAAUAAAUUUCCACAACUCGCUGAAGUCAGCAAUUACACUGUAAAGACUUCCAAGGCUUUCGUUAACGAAAGAAUACCAUUGUCCAGAUCGAAAGAAGAUCAGAUGAGCGAGGAAAAUGCAUCUGGUAGUAUAGUAAAGGAAGUAAGGUCAAUCAGCACCAAGAGUUCCUGGGAGUCAUCAACAAGAUCUCGUGAUGAUCACGAUAAUUGGGAAACUCAGUACUCAUUGGACACUUCACCAGGUUCAUGUGAUGCCGGAUUCACUAAAAACAGUGACUCAAGGCAUGAUUUACCAAGCGACAGCGAUAGUGAGGGCUCACCACGACAAAGAAGACGUUCAAUGAGCAAGAGGCGAACACUUGGCAGCUCCAGUGGCUCUGAUGUUGCAUUGCACGAAGGUGCAGAGCUCUCCCCUAUGGAAGACGACCAAGAAUCUGACUUUUUACAACAUAGUGAACCAUCCUACAUGGAAACGACCACAACAGAAAUCGAUCCACUGACCAACGAAAGAAUAACGAGAACGACACGAGUAAUAACCUCAUCAACAACGGUGCCUGGAACUGAAGAAAUGGUGGGAAAUGACGAACUUCGAGAAUCGAUGCAAAAAGUUGUCGAUCAAUUUAUGACAGAAGAAAGAAGAGCACAGUGA